CCAACGACAGAUAGUACGAGCGAGAAGACGUGAAGAACCUAAUUAUCACCGCUGAGUAGACGACGAAGAAGCAUCAGAGAGCCAGACCAUGAGAACGAACACACAACAGCGAGUCAAGUGAUGUUCUUUGUACGACAGCAUACCAAAAGUGGCAGGAGGAUAAUGCCGAGAAACGCCGAGCAGAGAUUCCCACGGGGGGCAAGCUUUGUGAGCUAGAGAAUUGAAAGUGGAAGUGCGCCCAGAACCUUGGACACGGUCUCCGCUGCCUCUCCUGAUCAUGUCACAGUCGCCGACGACGUCCACCGACGCUUACGACCAACAACCAGGAAAACGCCGUCGAACCAAUUCUUUCGCUGUUAACAACGCUUAUCCCGGAGGAUCUGCCAUGGCUUCCCCUCAGGACUCCCCUCAACAGGGUGCUCCCCCGCCCGUCCACAUUCCCAAGAGGGGCGCGCGGGCCUGUACCGCCUGCCGAAAGGGCAAGAACAGAUGUGAAGGAGAGGCUCCCUGUCGUCGUUGCCAACUUAGUGGGACUCCUUGUAUCUUCGAAAAGCCCGAGAAGAAAAAUGUCCAGGCUAUGUCUAAUGCCAGCGUUGAGCGGUUGUCCCGCUUGGAAGGACAGUAUCUCGUCAUGCAAAGCCAAAUGAUUGGUAUGCAGUCCUCAUUGGACCGUAUACUCGCCGCCAUACAGCAGAACCAGGCUGUCAUGUCGCAGCCUAAUGCGUUUGGAAACGGUCCCAGAGACGUUCCUAUGUUUCCUCCUAUGCCACCCAUGCGCAACGGCGACGUGUUCACCCCCUCGCCAGGCGGUGAAGGGCCAUCCUCUCGUCCCAAAUUCCCACCGCUUCCCGGGUUUGCGCCACCGCCUCACAAGUAUGCUACGUAUGGUAUAGUACCUAGCACUGCACCGUCGUCUGAUGACGAGUCCGAGGAUACUCUCCCGCGUUCAACAUUAAACGCACCAAUUGAAGCGUUGCAGGGGCUCGCCAACGCCGCGGCGGAAGCAGCCGCUGCUCCUUCCGCCACUACACCACGGGUGAAGAAGCGUAAAAAGGCCGAACCUAUACCUCGCAAUGCCUUCCCGCAUGUUGUCGAGAAGGGUUUGGUGUCUGACCAAGAAGCAAGAGAGUUGUUCACCAUCUUCUUUUCCGGCUGCCAUAUCUUCAUUCCAGUCUUCGAUCCAAGUUAUGACACCUAUGAAGGGCUCAUGGAACGCUCGCCUUGGACCUUCGACGCUAUCCUCGCUAUCGCCUCUAAGAUUCGCAGUGGCACCGGUCCCUUGACGCCCUCUUUCUACAAGAGUUUGGAGGAGGCUCAGGGUAUCGCCAGGUCCUCCCUCUUCGGCCCUGUAGUGCGGAAGGAAGCUGUUCAGGGAAUGCUGCUGUUGGCAGCUUGGAGUACGAAUGGUUGGUUGCCUAGCGGCCAUGCUAUGCGUAUGGCCCUUGAUCUGGGCUUGCAUCGUGCGUUGGAAAAGCUUGCGGAUCAUGAUAAUAGGCAGAGAACCGAGGAGGAAGAACGGAAUCUCAUCAUCUCUGCAAGGAUAUGGUUGUGCCUGUACUGGUUCGAUCAUCAAAUGAGUCUCGGCACUGGGAGACCGAUUGUACUCAGGGAUGAGUCCUCCAUCAAACAUUGCCGCUUGUUGCUCUCACAUCCAAUGGCGUCACCAACCGAUGUUCGCCUUGUUUCCCAGGUUGAGUUGAUUGGUCAAAAGACUCAGAUAUACGAGACACUUUCGCCGCUUAACGGCCAGGUCAACCACAAUACUCUUGCUUUUAUCCGUCGUGCGAAUAUUGCGCUGGAUAAAUGGUGGCAGGAUUGUGAUGCUCUUCAUCAGCAAUCUAUGGAUGAGGAUGCUCUUCCCCGCAAGAUUCUAGCAGGAGAGUUGUACUAUGCCAAGUUAUGGCUGGUCUGCGUUGCCCUUAGGGGCGUCUCUUGGGACAAAAUGCCAUUUGAGCAGCGUGAGCUUGCAUUCCAAGCUAAGGACGCAGCCUCGAACUGCAUCUCUAAUCUAUUGAACUCAACGACGUAUCGCGCUGCUCUGCGUUAUGCAGUCCAUGAUAGCCUGGUGACAGCCGCCUUCUCAGGCCUAUUUCUGUUGAAGAUGGCCAACCUGUUCCCAGCCGAGCUGGAUCUGAACGUUAUUGCGGUUCAGGUAGAACAGCUUGCGCAGCUGCUUUCUGACGUUGCUGCAGAGAGAUAUGCGUUGACUUUACGCAUCAUGCUUGCCAAUCUCCGACGCAAGAUUGGCCUCUCUUCUGGCGGAGUAAAUCCUAUGGGAGGUACUGAAAUGAUGGCUCCACCGCCAUUCAUCGACCCAAGUCUGGUCCCUGCUCCGCCUGCACCUCCACCGUUCACGAUGGAGGAACUAGGGAUUCCUUGGCCUCACAGUCAAGCGAUAUUCAGCCCCAGUUCUAUUCCGGUUUGGCUGCAAGAACAAAACCUGACUGACCUCGGUCUGCCUGUGAAUGGAUCCGACGGUAUUUUCCUCCAAAUGUCGAAUACGAACGGAUGGACAGGCGACUUUCCUCCUAUGCCUGAAGCCUGGUGACCAUUACAGGGACCAGUAGCUAUGUGACCAUUUGCUCCGUUUAUGGGGUUCUUCGAGCCUAUUGUAUGCACAAGCCCAACUUUGCUCUGGCGUUGGAAGUGAUUUAUUGGUCCGUGCGCUAUCGUUGAUGAUCGUUGUAAUUUUCAUUGUACUCUCACGUCCCCGAAUAUCUAGUCUAGUGUAUCCUGACAGAAGAUAAGAAAGAAAUUUCGAUUCAUGUAGUACAAGUCGUAAACGGUCCGUGCUCUCACCGGCCAGUCGUGAAUGAAUACAUAUCGUAUCGUAUGAUUAUGACAGCCCAUACCCAUGCCGCCCAUCUAUGGCGUAUACUCACUCCUCGUCCUCGUCCUCGCUUUCUUGCUCCUGCAAGAACUGAAGAAAGGGGAUUAAUGCGAGAUAGUAUUGCAAUGAUGCUUCUUCACGUACCUUCACCAGCGGCUGAGUUGCAUUCAAGAAAUGCUGCCUGCCUUGGGCCUUCGAGCCUUUCUGGUGCCAAUAGAUAAUAGCUUGAUCAGAAAUACAGUCCUUGUUAUACAGC